UUCAGCAAUUUAAAUUGGCGAGCACCAAAUAUUUGUUGUUACUGGGCCUAGCAGUACUUAUGACAACACAGUCCUAUGCCAAUAAUCCCACAUAUGUUGCCUAUGUGUAUAUGACCAACCACCCAGAGUAUGUGGACCACUAUGUCAGCGUGCACAAUAAGUUCGGCUCCGAGGCAAAGUCUACAAAUUAUGAAACCAGAUACAACGGACAGGUCUGUUACAACUUAACAAACUAUGAGAUGAAAGACAUGGGAAGAAUAGGCAACCACCGGUGGAUAGAGUUGAUAUUUGGGAAAGAUUGCGUCACAGGUAGGAUUAUCAAUGAGCACGUAAUGACAGAGGAAGAACCGUUCAGUUUUAGUAAUGUAUACUGGUACAACAAGUACUCUGAAUCAGAAAACCCACCCACGUGUAUCCCCGCCAUGUACAACUAUCACGUGAUUUUGACCCGGUCAAAGGAUCCCGAUGUGAAAGUCAAGCAAAUGAUAAAAAAUUAUGUCGAGGAGCACAACAUUAAAGGACUCUACAGACAGGAUCCUUUUGAAUGUGAUAUCUAGUCAGAAAAUGGGAUUACAGCAAAAAGUCACCUUCCUAUAGAAAACAAAAAUUCAGCUCUUGUCGAUUCUAAAAUUAUUCAACACUACAGCCACGUUAUUCUAUUGAGUUCAUUCAAUUAUAGAGACCAAAAUUGUAUAUCAAUAUGUGUCAAAAAUAAAGUG